AUGGCGGACGGAGGCGAGUUGACCGCUGCGGCAGCCACAGGUGAUUUAAAGGUCUGUUUUCUGAAAGCUGCUCUUUUAUUGUACGAAGAUGUGAACUUGAACUAUACAAGUAUUGUGAAAGCUAUACUUAAAAAGCGGCCUGUUUUUUUUUUCAGGCGGUGAAAACCAUUAUAGACCGCGGUGUUGAUGUGAAUUCGUAUUCCCCAGAGGGUUUUAGACCCUUAUGUAUUGCAGCUUUCUGGGCGUACAACAACAUUGUUCAGUUAUUACUUGACCGGGGGUAAGCAUUAUUUUGUAAAGUUAAUGGGCUAGAUUGCAGAAUACCCGGUGGGGGUAAUCACGAGCGCAGAAGGCGCGAGCUGCUAGGGGGCUCCGGGGGCAUGCUCCACCAGAAAAUUUUGAAAUAUAGGGUCUCUGAAAUAGCAUUUUCAGCCUUCCGAGAGCAUUAAUUUCCAGCAAUUUUUAACUGACUAAAAUCAUGGAUCGGAUAUGUCAGUAUUGUAUGAUAAAUAUUUAACCACUUACGUGUCAAAAGUAUUGCCCCCCAGGCCCCUCCCUAUGCUACGGCACUGUUUCUUAAUUAUAAGAUAAGCAUCUACAGUUGAGGUUGAUUCAGGUUUUUUCACUGCAAGCUAAAUAGCCCUGAACACUUCGAGUUUGUUUUUACGGCUUACUGUAAUAAUUAAUAUUGUCUUCUGACCAAUCACAAUAAAGUUCAGAACCUACAAGUAAACUUGAAAACUAGAAGGUUUACUGUUUACCUGACUGGCUUUUCCUUGCAACACAGUAACAUUUCUGAAAUAUUUCUGGUAUUUUCACCCAGUUUUCUGAGUUUUACAGUAAAAGUUUUUUCUUAAUAUUAACAGAGCUGAUGUCAAUGCUUGUAACAGAGGUACAAAUUGGACAGCUCUUCACUGUGCUACAUUCCAAGGACAUGGUAAAGUUGUUAUGGCACUAAUGAAUCACAACCCAGACCUAACAAUUACAGAUAAUCUUGGCAGGUAAAUAAAAUUAUUGUUAAAAGCUGAGUUGGAAGUUUUAGUGAAUAACGUUGAGUAGCCAGAAUUGUGUUGAGCAACUUUAGAUAUUCACCUGCAUUUCUGAUUUUAGGCCAUUUUUAUGUGUCUUAUUAUUCUUAUACCCUAGAAAUGUAUGUCAUUAAAUAACAUUUAAAUCAGGGAAGUUUUAUCGAUAGCAGUUCUAUUCUGACCUAGUGCCAUUAUGCAUCAGUCAAUUCCAAGACUACCGCGGGGCAUUUGCCCACCUUAUCAUUCCUUGGAGUGGGGUCAUUAGCAAAUUUUUGCAUUGUCCGGAGGUCGGCAUUUGCCAACCCCGGGCCACCCUGAAAGUACAGACUACAUUACAUGACUUGGGUAGUUACAGGUGCAUUUAGAAUUUUCAUUCACAGGGAAAUAAAUAAUAGGUAUGUAAUAGUUUUCUUGUAAACAACAACAACAACAGCAAAUGAGUAAUGAGACUGAAAUCAAGUGACUCUGAAGGAAAGUAUUCUUGUUUCUCCCAUAAAUAAUAAUAUAUUACAUGUAGAAAAACCACGAUGCAAAUGUGGCAGUAAAAUUGAAUCAGUAAUAUUUGGCUUUCAGAUCAGCUGUGGAUCUUGCCUCAGCACUUGAUACAAUUUGGCCAUUUUUUGCAGGUUUGUUAUCUGGGUUUAAUUGCGGGCAACAAGAGGAGCCCGCAAUCCUAAUCUCCAGGUUGUUAUUAUGUAUGCGUCGCAUGUAUGUAGCCAGCAUUCAUUUGGACUUCCACUAAGAAUGAAUGGAAUGCAGAGAAUGCGAUUUGAUCACUCGCAUUUGGACUUUCUAUCACUUGUAAUCUGAUCGUGAAACCCAUGUUUUGACCAUCUAUCACAUGAAACUUGCGCAAAGCACAGCAUUGGAGCAAAAACGUUUUGACCUUCGAUUGUUGUCGCCCACACCCCGUAACCUUUGGUUACUACACAGGAAAAAAUAACGGAUUCCCAUUUUUGGAUAUUUUAGGGUAUUUAAAGAAUACCCACAAAAAUCCCAAAUUUGGAAGAGUGAGACAAGUCCCAAUCAGGGAACUUGGUUGGGAAUUCCCUGAUUGGGACUUGUCUCACUUUGCCAAAUUUGGGAUUUUUAUGGGUAUUCUUUAAAAUAAUACCCUAAAAUAUCCAAAAAUGGGAAUCCGUUAUUUUUUCCUGUGCUACUAGUAUUAUUGUUAAUAUUAUCUUCUUUUUAACCUCUUUGGACGCAGACCUGCUCAAUUAGAAUGAGCGGGAAUGUCUAGAAAAGUUUAAGCCAGUAGUAAUGAUCAGCAGUAAGGAUUAUCAUGUCCCUUGUAGUCAUGUGGUUCUUUUACAUUCUUCAGGAGUCAAAUCAGUGAAAUGUUGUGAGAUGAGGCCACAUGAAGACCAGUUUAAUGCCCAACCAUUUACAGAUGUCACAGUAAAGGCAGCUCAUUCCCUUUAGUUAUUUUAAGAUCAUAUUAAAAGGUUGUGGCAAGGAAUCAAACUUGGGCUUAUUGCUCCGAAGUCUGCUCGAUCAAUAGAGCUAAUUAAUUUCCCCAUUUCACUUAAGUGAUCACAAACAAAAGGAAUGAGGUAGAUGUUUAUAAUAGGUAGAUAAUGUGCACAAAUCACUUGUGCUUUUGUCUUAGCAAUGCAGGAAAGGUCAAUUAAGCUAAUCUGAGGAAAUGUUUUGGUUGUGUCUUUCUUUCCAUCUCCAAUCCUUACUCUUUUGCUGACCAUGCAUGUCUGGGUUUUAAAGCAAAUGUUUGUGUUAGCAAGUCUUGCAUAUUGCCAUCAACCAUUUCUAGCUAUCAGCUGAGAAAUUUUUUUCCAAAUUAACUUUCUUGAUGAUUAUAUAUGAUUAUUAAACAAUAUUAUUUUGUUCCAAUUUACAGCUGCUGGCUGUAGAAGAACAUCUAAAGCUGACCUCAUCAGAAUGGACAUUGUGAAGAAGGUAAUUUCCAAAUGUUGCACAAAAGGUCUUUCUGAUACUGCACACAGUGGAUACAUGUCACAUCCUGUGGGUCAAGUCUUCUAUUAUGGUGACCUUUCAUCAUGGACUUAAUUAUUCUUCUCCCCAGAAUCAGCUGUUUGUACAGUUGUUUGUGGUGAGGAGCAUUUCAUGGGUGGUGACACUAAUUGAAAAAAGCCUAAGGCUGUGAGGGAGAUUAGGUCAUGUGUACUUUGUCUGGUGAAGUGUCGUGCCCAAUUUUUUUAGCCUUGCCAUAUAGUAAAUGUUUUUCCUUUUUGUUGUGUUUCAUUAGUGUAUAGAUUAUAACAUAUCAAGCCACCAUCACCUAAUGAUGCCUUUUCAAAAUAUUUUAAAUGAGGUUUAGUUGAAUCAAUAAAUUAUUGUUGUUUUUGUAGUAUAAACCUCAGUUUGAUCUCCAAAGCGACAAGUAGGUUGAAGCCAUUUUAACCUCAAUGUCAAUUUAAGUGGGCUGCCUUUGAACUUACAGGUUAAGAACUGACUUUUGUUUUACAGGACUGGCUUUCACAAUUUAUUAAGACUAAGAAAUGAUAAAAUUUUAGUGUCUUACUGUGUAAAUUGCUUACUUGCCAGUGAAAUGUAAUAAAUCUGUCAAAUGUGGCUCAAGUUGGUUACUUGCCCUAUAUUUGAUUUUAGGUUGAAGUGAAAGAUAACAAAGUUCCAAGUUCAGAGAAAGCAUACUUCUCACGACCUGGUUCAGCCUAUGUGUUUAAAACACAGUCACUGUAUGGUAGCCAGACACAACACAGCUAUCAGGUAUACUGUCUGGUAUUAUGUUUGAAAUAAAUAAUUAAAUAACAAUAAUAAUAAAACACAAUAACUUAUUAUUUAACCUCCCUUAGGCCACAGACAGAUUUCAUAAGGGAGUAGUAUACAUACUUAUAGUUACUGCAGUAAGUGAUGGCAGAAGAAUUUUAACAUAUUUUUCUCUCUGUUAUUGAUUGACUCCUACACAUUUUUUAUGAGCAGUGGGAAGUUUUAAUUAAUUUACUGUCAACAUAUUGUGCCAAAAGUACAUUCACUUUUAUGUAAUCUGCAACCCUGAAUGGCUUUUGCAGUACAGAAUAGUUUUGUGAUAGUGGAUUUAAGUCCUGGGGGUGGUGGUGGUGGUGGGGGGGGUGUUACUUUAGGAAUUUUUGGGUGGGGGUGUGCCGCUGGGACCCAGGAACCCUUAGUCUGUACCAGAGCUAGUUCAGCUGAAAUGUACUAACCUUUCCUAGAAUAAACUCCCUAAAUAUCCCCCUAUCCUAGAGUAGAGUAAUUCUGGGUUUCCCUAGUCUAGACUAAAAUCUUCAACCAAUUGAUCAGUUUCCUGGAAAAUGAUACCCCAUUCUAGACUUAAACUCUCUGAUUUAUACACCCUACUCCAGAGUAAACAGCUUGAAAACCAUACCCUUCACAGCAGCACAUACCUAUACAGCCCAUAUAUGGCAGUACCCCCCCUCCCCCCCUGGGCUUAAGCAAGGGUAAAUCGGCAGCAUUAAUAAUAAUUAUUUUUAAGCAACAACAUUUAGCACUGCUUUAACACUGUUUUAGAAUAUUUGAAAACUGCAACCAUUUUGCAGCCCACAAUCUCUGGCUUCUGAUACUCUAUGGAUUCGUGAACACUGCAGAAUGGGCACGUAAGCACUGUGCAACCAAAAAAGUGAAGUCAUGCAGUCGCUGCAAGAGUACUGCUCCGCUCAUAUGGGUAGUUUAGUAUGUGAAAAGAAUUAUCAUCAACUCAUACAUAAGUGCACUUGUAGGUGGAAAAAGCUACAAAAUAACAAAAUUUUUCCAGAGAGUGUUACCAACUCCCAAGUUUUGUUUGCUUUUUGAUUUUGCUUUCAUGCACAAGCCAUAAUUACAAAAAGAGAAAAAUGUUGAUUAUUGGUUUUUUGAUCCUUUUUUUCAGCAACAGCUGGCUCUUAACAGUGGUGAUGUGUUGACUGCUAGUGAGACUUCAGCAUUAAACACCUCUAGAACAAAUAAUCCUGCUUUUUCAGUUUGGAGAAGUUGAUUGGAUUUGAUCUUCAUACAAGUUUUAUAAAUUAUUUAUGCAUGAAUUAAUAUCAGAGGCCCUUUGACCUUCCUACUUAGAUAAUUCCCAACUUAGCUAGGAAGAUUGAAGCUCUUCUCGUAGGGUAAACUUCCUGGGACAGCCCUUACAAUAGCUGAAUUCAAAGUACUGUUGGCUCUCUGUUAACGGGUGUUUACCCAAAACUAGUCCCUAGAGCUGGUACCUUCUGUUCUAUAGACACUUUCUUGGAUAAUCAAAGGAAACAAUGUGAAAGCAGAUUUUACAUCCCUGCAUCAGGGAUAACAAAAUUUUGGAAGAGCAUUACAGAGCUAAUUAGGGUACACAAUUGAGCAUUAUUCUUGUAAUAUACACAGCAAUAAUAUUAUUGGGAGUUAUGAAUGAUAUGUCCUUAAUUUGCAUCUUGAGUGUAUUAUUUUUAAUGAUAAAUAAAUGAUAAUUAUUAUCAUUGCAAAAAAUUAAUAGUCUAGCUUGUUCAAUGCUGCAAUAAAGUUUGCCAGUGAGUCCAAUUGCAUUGCAUUGCAAUAUUUCACAACAUUAUUUGUACCUAAAAAUAUUUGCAUACCAAUACUGUAUACUACAAAGAAGUUAUAUUUUUUCAAUUCCAUUUGUUAUCAGCUCUCAGAAAAUUAUCUGUUUAUCCUUUCUAAGUGGAUAUUCCUAAAGAUUAGUAAAAUUAAUAUAGGCAAAUAGACAAACAGUGUGGAGAAUGUACACACUGAAAUUAAGUUUUAAAGUACUCAUGUUUGAAAAACAAGUGGUAGUGUAUUAUCAGGUUUAAAAGCUUGAGGUGAAGAGUUUUUAACCUGAUAAUACGCGACUGCAAGUUUUUUGAACUGCUUCAAAAUCUCUGGUAAAGAUCAACUCAUUCUUGCACUAAUAUUAAGGUUUGGGGUUAUUUUGGUCUGAAAAAAUUGGAUGUAAAGUUUAGCUGUGUCCUUAUCAGCUACAUGUAUAAAGACACUCAUUAAACAUUAAUUUCUUGUUUUUUUUUUGUUUAAAUUCAUAUUGAGUUAUUAAAAAGUCUUUAAUGACCAUGUUCUUUUUUUCCAUGGUCAUAAGUGUCAAACAAAUAUUGUAAAACACUAAUUUCAAGUUAUAUUAUUUUGAUGUCAUUUUUGUUAUUCUGGUUAUUUGAGGUCAGAGUUCAGUGAUUGUUCUAACAGUAUGCAGUGUUAUUCUAUAUCUGAAAUAAAAAGAGUUAUUUUUCUCAAUUGUGCCACAGUUGUUAUUAGUAGAACCCCCUACUGUUUUAAAUCCGACAGCUCAGCCUCAUAGACGGACACUUUUUAUAACCGUCCCACCCUGUGCCCUGUAUUUUGCCCCAGCAUCUCUAUCAACAAUGCGUGAACACACGGCGACUACAGAACCUCUUGUUUCUCCAUUGCAGUUCAAUUACUUAAGCUACUGUAUACAGCUAUUUCGAGAAAGGUUGUCACAAAAACUGUGCACGCGACAAUCCCGAAAGGUAAUAUGGGAUAUGAUCAAUAUUCUUGUUCUUGACACUGUAGCUGUCGAACCUACUUUUGUUGCUUUCCUUUAGCCCGCGCAAACAUACUUCCAUGGCCUCUUGUGCCCUUCUUUGAAAUUUCUUUGAAAAACAAUGAACUAAAAACCACCCAUAAUACCUUUCGAGAUUGUCGCGUGCACUUUUUCCGACAACCUUUCUCGAAACAGCUGUAGUUAAAAUCAGUGCAAAUUAAAGGAGUCAUGAAAAAUGUUACAAGCUUUUUGUGUGUGUGUCUAGGAUAUUUUAAAUGGUAAAAUAAAAAAGUGGUUUAAGGUGUAAAAAGUUAAAAGUACCAACCAACAAACACGGGAAAUUUGUGACGGACAUGUCCGUGACAUUUCGUUGACGAAUCCGUGACUGAUCCCCACCGUUAAUUGAUGACCGUUUAAUUACUUACAUUCCCAAAUUUGAACAAAAAUUGAAAUUCGGUAAGUGUGUGAUUGUCUGUAGAGAGAAAGAAAGGAAAAGUGUUUGAAAAAGUAAUAAAAUAUGAUGUAAAAAAAAAAGGACUGAUUUUGUUAUUUUCGGAACUGGAAUGCGUGACAAAACGUGUGGCCUGCCCUCUGCCCCAUGGCUCCCUCUUUCCUUGCCAUUUGUUCUCAGCAGCAUAUGCCACGUAACUUUGUUCUUUUGAAAACAUUACAUAAGCGUUAGCCGCUCAGCCAUCAAGUAAUUUCAGGAUUGCCAUGGAUCUUUCAGCUGAGAUAGAAACGGAUGAUUGGCAGUCCACGAGGGAAACAGUGCGAGAGCGAAAUAAGUACAUGUUUCUUAAUCCCAUGAUAAGUGAUGUGAGCUUUCUAGUUCAGGAUUCGACCAAAGAACAGGGAACGAAAGUCGCGUUGCCAGCUCACAAAUACGUCUUAGCCAUUAGCAGUCCCGUCUUUUAUGCUAUGUUUUAUGGCGGCGUAGCUGAACAGGGAAAACAAAUCGAACUUCCUGACUGCAACUCUGAAUGUCUUACUGAGUUUCUUCGAUUCAUCUACUACGACGAAUUACACCUCACUGCUAAUUCUGUGCUCGGUGUUAUGUACUUGGCUAAAAAGUAUUUGGUUUUGUCUCUGAUGCGUCGUUGUGGCCGUUUCCUUGAAGAGAGGAUCGACCCAAAUAACGUUUUCGAAACAUUGACCCAAGCCCGUCAUUUUCGAGAAAAGGAGUUGGAGAAGAGAUGUUGGUUCAUAGUUGAUCUGAACACCAAACAGUGCUUGCAUUCGCCUAGCUUUCUGGAGCUCGAUCAAGCAGCCCUGCGGUCGUUAUUACGGAGGGAGACUCUGCGAAUUGAGGAGUCGGAAUUGUUUGAGUAUUCCAUGCGCUGGGCUAAGAAACAGUGUGAAAUUGAAGAACUGGAAGUUUCAGGGAUUAAUUUAAGAACCAUUCUUGGUGAUGCACUUUAUUUUCUGCGGUUCCCGGUCAUGACGCAAAAGCAGUUUGCCGAAAAAGUUGUACCCCAAGAUGUCCUAACUGAUAGGGAAGCCCUUAAUGUAUUCUUACAUUUUAGCACCCAAAAUUCAAAGCCUGAUGUGCCAUUCCCCUUCGUGCCUCGCAGUGGAAGGCCCAUAAGGCGCUGCUGCCGAUACUCAGAGGCCCCUUCUUCUCACCACUGGCACAGACCCCCCAGUAAUGGUACUGGACGGCGUGAAGAGACCCUGUUUUUCACUGUCACAACUGAAUCACCUGUUUACAUAGCAGGUGGGCGAGUCUUUACACGCUCAUUUGGGCUCUCUGAUGUGGAAAGUCGACGUGACAAGGUUCAGCUUUGGAUCAAACAGGAAAGCCCUCCAGAGAAGGUCCUAGGUUUUGUAGAAGGAGAGUAUUUGCCAGAUAACAGUGGAACCUUUAAUGGAGAUGGCAUUGAUGUUACAUUCAAAACUGCCAUACUUGUAAAAAGUGGGAUGCGAUACUCCUUACGCUGUGUGAUAUGGUUUAGCCAAAGUGUAACAUCUAAUAAAAACACCCCUCUAAAGGAAGUGGUGUAUGACCAAACUAAGUUUACAUUUGAAAACUUGUACUAUGGAUCACACUUUACAGAGCUCAUGUUUUACACCCCGUGGAGUGCAUAG